CGGGUGCGCGCACCUGCGGUUCCCCCCCCAGCCGGUGGGUGGUUCCUCCCUCUGCCCGCACGCGGCGCUGCGGACGAGCCCACGCGGUAGACGCGCGGGGGGGGAGGGAGGCCGGGCAGGCGCGCUGCCGGCGCGGGGCGCGCUCGGCUCGGCUCGGCUCGGCGCGGAGCGGAGCGGAGCGGGCGGCGGGGGAAGAUGGAAGGAGCCUCCUUCGGAGCGGGCCGGGCGGGGGGAGCCAUCGACCCCGUGGAUUUCCUGAAGCAGCCGCAGACCAUCCUCCGGGUGACGACCUGGAUCUUCUCCAUCGUGGUGUUUGGCUCCAUCGUGAACGAGUGCUACGUGAACAAGGACAGCCAUACCCCCGUGCUGCACUGCAUCUUCAACGAGAAUGAGAGUGCCUGCAGCUACGGCAUCGCCGUUGGCAUCAUCGCCUUCUUUGGCUGCAUCUUCUUCUUUGUGGUGGACCUCUACUUCCAGCAGAUCAGCAGCGUGAAGGACCGCAAACGGGCCGUCCUGCUGGACCUCGGCUUUUCAGGUUUCUUGUCCUUCCUGUGGUUUGUAGCCUUCUGCUUCCUUGCAAACCAGUGGCAAAGGACAACAAUGAGCAGAGGGGUUUCGCAAGGAGCAGACGCUGCCCGGGCAGCCAUCACCUUCUCCUUCUUCUCCAUCAUCGUCUGGGUGGCGCUGGCGGUGAAGGCGCUGCAGAGAUACCGCCUGGGGACGGACAUGUCGCUCUUCGCCACGGAUCAGUUCGGCGCCGAGCCCGGCGCUCCCUACCCCGGCUACCCCAGCGGCAGCGGCGUGGAGAGCACAGACACCUACCAGAGCCCCCCCUUCACCGAGACCUUAGACGCCAACCCGAAAGGUUACCAAGUGCCAGCGUACUGAGGGGCGAGUCCUGCGGUGCCGUACCCUGAGCCGGUCGAUUGCAAAUGUAUUCAGUCCCAUUUCCUUCAUGUGGCAAGUCAGUGCUGGGUUCCUUACUAUUAGCUAGUUGUGCAGUGGGUUCUGUACAGUGGUAUUGGUUCUUGUCUUACCUGUCCAAGGGUUUUAUAAAAGCAGUGUUCCCUCUAAGUCAGAAGGAAGGAAGGAAGGUUGCUACCACAUCACCUUCACGUGGCGAAAGAUGAGGAAAUCUUCUAUCUGUGAGGCUUGGCAGCGGGCUGUGCCUGGGAUACCUUUUCCUGUCCAACACAGUAGCUGAGGAGUUGUUAUUUAUCUCGUUCUUCCAGAGCUAACACAGGAUCUCGUGGUGGUGAAGGCGGGUGAGCUCCGUGCUGCUCCCACCGCAGAGCUCUCCUGUACACGUUCCGUGGCAAGUGCCAAACUCACCGAGAGAUAAGUGGUGUCUGUGUUACUUGUAUUUGUAUAUAUUUGCUGUACAAAAUAAUCUCCACACAAGCGUUGCAACCUUAGUUUAGGAUGCAAAGGGCAUGCGGCAGGUUGGGGUUAUGGGGAAUAUCCCAAUUGCUUCUGCGCUUCAGCAGGGUUCUGGUUGAGGAUGGAAAAAGUGACUGUUGGCAACUGGAAACCGGUUCAGCAAUAGUUGGCUGCUAGUUAGGAAUAGCCUUUUCUCAGCAGAAAAUAGCUGUGUGCUGCAGUUCCAUUUCUUCCCCGAGGGGCUGGGACAGUUUGUAGAUGUACUAAUGGUUUCUGUUUGGCAACGCAGAGCACUCACUGUGCUCCAGCCCAGAGCUGCCAGCACAAAGAGCCUCCACAGCUCAAAGCCCAAAGCAAUUAGGAGCAGUCUUGAACUUGUGUUUUUAUGCUGGGAGCAGCCACUGUUUGCUGUCAGCUGCAGCAGAACCUCAGGUGUGAACGUUCCUUGUGCCCUUGUCUCUAGAAAUGAGGAAUUCAGGUGGAGAAUUGGAAAGGCUUUCGAGGCUGAUGGAGUCCAUUGUGAGGGGACUCUGUGUUUGAAAGUAGUGGGAGAAGAGAGGGAAUGAAAAGCUCCCAGGAAAGAGGCUCAGAUUUGGAUUCAGCUGCAAAAUUCCUGCCUUGGCAAGUGUGUAAACCCCAGUAGGUCUGUGUCAGUACCCUGCCUGCUCUCCCUUCCUGCUCUCCCUCCUGCUUUCCCAGCCUCUCUCCCUGCCUGACCGGAGGCUGUUUGUCGCUAAGGACUGAGCAGAGGAGCUGAAACUUGAAUUCCAGCCCCAUCCUUAGAGGCCCUUCACACGGGCAGGAGCCGUGUGCUGCUUCCUGACCUGGUGAGCACCGGCCCCAGCUCUCCCUGCAGCAGGUUUUUGGUCAUCAUCAGCUCUUUUCUGCUGCUGAAUUGCAGAUCGAUGCAUCCAUUAACAACAGCGACUCUCAUCACGAGGGGUCAUUGUCGGGGACCAAGUGCGUUCCUUGAGCACUGUUCAGGCCGGGUUAAAUGUGCAUUUCCAGCCAGGCUGGUGCUGAGCUCCUCCCGGAUGGCGCCGGAGCCACACCAGGGUUUUCCAGGCAGCACUUCCCAACAGGACACUCCUCCCGCGCCGCUGCAGCCUCCCCACGUGUGGUGGCACUGAGCGGUCCCCACCAUGGGCUUUCCCCCCAGUGACAGCAGAGGAGGUGCCUCAUGCUCUGGAGAAGCUUUGCACCCACUUGGAGGUCCAAAAGCUAUUGGGGUACGUUGGGCUGAGCCCCUGUGGCAGAGGCAGGAGCGUGAGCAGGGGAUGCUGCUCUGCUUUGUCACAGGUGUCCCUAAUGCAAGGGGCAAGGAAGAGGUGAGCGGUGCCAGAUCCUUGCAUGAAGCAGACCAGGGACACCCAAACCCCAAUAUUCUAUAACCCUAAAUAAACCCUAAAUAUAACCCUAAAUAAAGGGUCCAUCCAAACGGGACCCUUUGGAUGUUUCUAGAGUCAGAUUCGCUGGGAGAUAAAGAGAGGCAAAGGGGUUUCUUUAAUACAGGGUACGGUAGAACUGUAGCAAUAUUUUCCUUAGAGGGAACACUGACAUUUUAGCAGCACAACCAGUAACUUGUGUUAAUAUUUUAGCAACAAUAUAAUCAAUUUAAAUGUUUAAAUUGAUUGUACGUGAGAUAAUGUCUGUUCAGUACAUUGUAUUUUUUCUAACUAUAUAACUGUUCCAGAGUUUCCUUGUAACCGUAAAGAACUAAAGCUCUGUCUGAGUGCGGGACGUGUCCUGCCCCCUGGUGUACCCAUGCUGAAUAUUACAAGCUCUGAAUGUACGCACCGAG